UCAGACAUGCCUAGACACAGUAUGGACACACAAAAGAGCCAAUGGGAGACGAGUCAAAGACCCCCAUGGAUCAGCAGAGUGGCUAAUAGUAAUGGUCAAAGCCCCGCCUCCUCGGGGGCGGAGUCAGACACAGAGGGCAGUAGCACAGAGAGUGAGAGGACCCACAUCAAACAUGUAAUAAUCACAAACUGUAGAAAAUUUUCAACGUCCCCCUCGGACUUACACCAGAGGAUCACAGAACUCGACCAACAGAAGGAGGAGCUUAAGAUCGAACUGCAGCUGGAAAUUGCCCUUCUGAAGGGGGAGCUGCAGACAGAGACGGAGCAGCUGCGCAGACAUACGGAAGAGCUGCAGAAGCUGCAGGAGAAGUGCAGACAGAGGAAGACACAGCAGCUGGCAGACAGACAGAAGGAGCGCAUUGAGCUGGAGGAAGAGAGGAAGAGGGUCGAUGAUUUAAAGAAGAAGUUUGAAGAGAAAGAGAAACAGAUCAACGCACAACAGUCAGAGAGUCAAAGUGAACAACAGCUACUUGAGCUGCAGCAGGAAAAAGAAGCCUUGGACGCUGCCGUCCGUGCGUUCGAGGACUGGGAAUUCCGAGUCCUGGAGCGAGAGAGUGGAAUAGAGGAUGGAGCAGAGGAGGGAGAGAGAGAAGAGAAUGAAGGAGAGAUAGAGCGAGAGAUAUCCUGUCAACAACACUUAGUAAACAAAGCACAGGAACACGUUCAUCAGCUGGAAAAGCAACUUAAAGAUAUGGAAAAAGAGAAGGAAAGAGAGAUGAAUUCCCUCCGACAGGAGAAGAAGCAACUCCUUCAAAAGUCCCAGAGGAUUUUGAAAGAGAAAAGGGCUCUCUCUGAUUGGUCCAACAACCUUGGAUCCACCCCCUGCAUGAUGUCAUCAUCCCCAGGAACAAAUCACAAAUCAGCAGGACAGGAAUCAUUCAAGGAGACCUCCAGUUUGCCUCGGAGGCGCAGCUCCCAUCGCAAGUUUGUGGAGAGGCCAGUGUCUGCACAGGGGCUCAUACGGAUAAUGCCAGCCAUACAGAAUCCCGAGGCUCUUACUCCGCCUCUUCCUCACCUCUUGAGCAGACUAAGUAACGGGCACGGAUCUGCCCACGGCAACGGGAACGGGAACGGGAACGGAUUCCUGACGCCGUGCAACAGCGCCAGCAGCUCCCGCGCUGCCAGCCCCAGUCUUGGCCUGCUGGACCUGGUGGAAAUUGAGAGAAAACUCCGAGAGGCCAAAGCGCAGAGGGAGCGUUUGCUGAGAGAGAGGGAGGACAGAAGGAGGUUGGUGGCGGAGGAGAGACUCCAGAGGGAGCAGGAGUCACCUAAAAGAGAACCAGAGGAGAUGCAUUCAAACCAGCUCCAGCAUCCAGACCAGCUCCAGCAUCCACACCAGCCAGACGAGCAGAUCGCAGUCAGCCCGGCUCACAGUACCCCUGAGCGCUCUCUCCCGCUUUCCCUCUCUCAGAAUUUCGACCUGCGGGCUCACGUAGAGUCCUUGGGCCACUGCGUGGUGGGGUGCGCGGGCGUGAGCUUGUCGUCACGGCGAUGCGGGGGGUUUCUGACCAAACGGGGGGGUCGUGUGAAGACGUGGAGGAGGAGAUGGUUCCUUUUUGACCUGGACCACCGAAGACUAGCUUAUUACACAGAUCACGACGAGAAGAAGCUGAAAGGUGUAAUCUAUUUUCAGGCCAUAGAAGAGGUUUACUAUGACCAUCUGCGCACAGCUUCUACAUCUCCCCGUCCAAGUCUGACAUUCUGUGUGAAAACGUACGAUCGUCUCUUCUUCCUCGUGGCUCACAGUGCAGAGGCAAUGAGGAUCUGGAUGGAUGUUAUCGUCACGGCAACAGACGAGCACAGUCGAUACUGA